AGUUCUGUCAUUGUCAUAACGCAUAACUAACGCCGAUUUGAAGUCAUUAAAAGUUCAAUUAACGUUUCUUUCUAAGAUUUUAAGAUGCAGAGAUGUCUAAUUACACAGAUUUAAUAAGUAAAAUUGGCAAGGAUAGUUCAAGAGCUGCAUGUAAAAAGUGUGGUUACGCCGGACAUCUUACUUUCCAAUGUAGAAACUUUAUAAAAGUAGACCCAAACAAAGAAAUAGUACUAGACGUAAGUAGUACUAGCAGUGAUAGUGAGCAAGACUAUGCAACUCCACUGCAAAGUUUGCGGGAAGCUGAGCUAAAACAAAAGUUGGAGGAAAAAUUAAAAAAAGCAAAGGCAAAAAAGAAGAGUAAAAAAAGAAAAAGAGAGAGAUCCUCUAGUACAUCAUCUAGUUCUUCAGACAGCAGUUCCCACAAAAAAAAGAAGAAAAAGAAGAAAUCUAAGAAGUCUCAUAAAGAAAAAAAGAAAAAUAAGAGCUAAGAGAAGAGAAUCCUUUGUAUUGUUGUAAAUAUUAUACUUAAAUUGAAAUGAAAUAAAAUGUGUUCAAUGAGAAUAUUAAAUUGUCUACAAUUUUACUGACAGAUGAAUAAAUCUUUUAUAUACA